AUGUCAACAACACAACAACAAUCUCAUCAACAACAACACCAGCCACAACAGACUGAACAAAUGUCUGAGAGGGACCAUGUCAUGACCGAUGAUGUCUUUUCAAUGACCGAGGAGAAGAAACACAAGUACAAUCCAUUACUUAAGGAUAUUAUGACCAAAGAUAUUAUUGGAUGUAAACCAACCGAUUCAUUAGAACAUGUCCUUGAGAUUAUGGUCAACAAUGGUUUGAAGAGACUUCCCGUUGUCAAUGAACAAUACAAACUAAUGGGUAUUAUCACCGACCGAGACAUCCGUGUCUACGCCAAGUCACCACUAGAGACAAAGUCAAUGGCAGAAUGGUUCGAUUUCCUAAGAGGAAAGAAGGUGGACGAAGUUCUGCCUCCUGAGAACUUCCUUCAUUCAUUGAAUGAGAAGGAUACUACUUUGACAGCUUGUAAGACAAUGGUCAAUUAUGGUAUCACUGGAAUACCAGUUGUAAAUGAUGAAGGCAAGUUGACUGGUAUUGUAUCAAGGUCAGACUUAUUAGAUCAAUUCAUUAGAAUUGCUGAGCCACUAAACGUUGGAGGAGCUCCAAAGAAAUAG